AUGGCGGACACGCUGUACAAGGACUACAAGAACAACUGUAGGGAGUACAUCAGGACGGUGUCCUACACAGAGAAAAUCCUCCAGGACAAUAAUUCAGACAAGCACAAGUUGCUAAAUAUCUACGAAAAGGCCAUCCGAAGCGCAGAAAACAUGUUCCAAAGAAUGCAACUGGAAGUAGAAGCAAAUUCAUUGAUUGGGAACCAGGAGAGCGAACUCAACGAGCUGCAGAGAGAGAUAACGGAAUAUAAAGGGAAGUUAAAUAUACUUAAGGAAAACUAUCUAGCCAAAGAAAGAGAAAAAAACGAAAGGAACAACAAGUAUGAUGAUAGAGUGCUACUACUGAGUGAUGUAGAUAUCCUGGAAGAAGGAGAUAUAUACAUCAACCAGUCAAAAAUAUUGUUAACGAACGCAGAAUACAUCAGUAACGACGUUCUGCAAAACCUCAACAGACAGAGAGACUCCAUAAAGAAAGGAUUAUCCAACAUGCCUUUUAUUAAAGACAAAUUAGAUCAAGCAAAAAAUCUGAUCCACUUGAUAAAGAAAAAGCAACUCUUAAACAAAUACCGACUGUACAUUAUUUUUAUUUUUAUUUUUUUAACAUUCGUUUUUGUUACUGGGGUUAAGUAUAGGAGGUAUGUGAAUAACUUGAAUCGUGAGCAUACGCAAGCGAAUGGCAGUCCUCUUCCUGAUUUUGUGGAUAAGACCAAGGAGUUCAAGGCCCCGCCGACUUCCACAAAUGCAUUAGCGGCUGGCAAGACGGAGCCAGAUAAGCAGAAGAGUAAAUCCCAAAACAGGAAUGAACCGAAUGUGAUUGUGUACGAUUUUAUCGAGAAGAAAAAAGAUAACGCGCAGGCAAGCGGCACAAUGGGAAGUGCCACGCAGGAUGGUAGUGCCACCCAUAAGGAUACACAGACAGAGAGUAGCACCACCGGGGGGUACACAAAGAAGCUCAGCAAGGAUGAUAAGGAGAUGAACCAAGACGGACAUGUCGAAAAAGAUCAAAUGGAGAAGGAAGAGCCAAACCAGAGUGAACCCCCUCCCCCCUCCGUGGGGGAGUAG